AUGUGCUCCUCUUUAAUUAUCUCUGCCUUUUUUUCUUCUUUUACCCCAAAUUGUUGUAGGCCAACAGGUCAAGUGUUUGAAAGCCGUCGCGUCGUUUCCGGCAAGUCUUUCUCUUUGUUUUCCUAUCUCGUUGAUUCUCUCUUUCUCAAUUUCUUUUUAAUUCUCUCUCGCUUUAUUUCUCAUUCUCUCCUUUUUUUCUUUUCUUUCUUUUUCCAUCUCUCCCUUUUGGUUGUUUUCCUUCUCUAUUUAUCUUUUAUCCACUUUUUCUUCUUAUUCGCUCUCUCUCUCUCUCUCUCUCUCUCUCUCUCUCUUAAACUCCCACACCCACUGCCUCCCACACACACACACGCGCGCAUACAUACGAACACACACAUACCUAAAUUUUCAACUCCACCUUUCCUAAGGCUCAGCCAAACUAGACUUAAGACGGGUGACAAAAAAAAGAAGAAAAAAGGUUUGGGCAUUCGGCCUGUGGCUACUAAAAUUCCAGAACCUUUUCAGGCGCCAUAUGCAGACAUGAGAAGGAAGAAACGGUUAAUAUUACCAUUAUCAUACUCUCUUUGGUUUUUAAAUCCUCUCUUUCUUUCUCUCUCUCUCAUUUCCUCUCUCUUCUCCUCUCUCUUUAACUUUCUCUCUUUCACUGCUUCUUUUCUCUUUAUUUUCUCUCUAUCUCUCCCUUUCUCUCUUCCUUUUCCUUCUCUCUCUUUAACUCACUCUUUCUUUCUCUCUCAUUUCUCUCUCCCUUUCUCUCUUUCUUUUCCUUCUCUCUCUUUAACCCACUCUCUCUCUCUCUCUUUCUCUCUCAUAUCUCUCUCCCAAUCUCUCUUUCUUUUCCUUCUCUCUCUUUAA